GUUAUGGGUUCACGGGUGCUAAUGGACAAUUUACUGCUGAGGGGAAAAUUUCACAUUCUUCUGUUAUUUUUGUAUGUUUGUGCAGUCACAGCCUCUGUGACUUAUGAUCACAAAGCCAUUAUUGUUAAUGGGCAGAGAAGAAUUUUGAUCUCUGGUUCCAUCCACUACCCAAGAAGCACACCUGAGAUGUGGCCAGACCUAAUUCAAAAGGCCAAAGAUGGAGGCUUAGAUGUUAUACAAACCUAUGUGUUUUGGAAUGGACAUGAGCCUUCUCCAGGAAAGUAUUAUUUCGAGGAUAGGUACGACUUAGUUAAGUUCAUCAAGCUCGUGCAGCAAGCUGGGCUUUAUGUUCAUCUCCGCAUUGGUCCCUACAUAUGUGCUGAAUGGAACUUUGGGGGAUUCCCUGUUUGGCUCAAGUAUGUUCCGGGUAUUGCUUUCAGAACAGAUAAUGAGCCUUUCAAGGCGGCAAUGCAAAAAUUUACUGGGAAGAUUGUCAGCAUGAUGAAGGCAGAGAAAUUGUUUCAGACGCAGGGAGGUCCAAUAAUUCUGUCUCAGAUAGAGAACGAAUUUGGACCAGUGGAAUGGGAAAUUGGUGCUCCAGGAAAAGCUUAUACACAAUGGGCAGCUCAAAUGGCUGUAGGUUUAAAUACUGGUGUCCCCUGGAUUAUGUGCAAGCAAGAAGAUGCUCCUGAUCCUGUUAUUGACACUUGCAAUGGAUUCUACUGUGAAAACUUCACUCCUAACAAGAAAUACAAACCCAAAAUGUGGACAGAGAACUGGACUGGCUGGUACACUGAGUUUGGUGGUGCUGUCCCGCGUAGACCAGCAGAAGACUUGGCAUUCUCUGUUGUGAGAUUCAUACAGAAUGCUGGUUCAUUUGUUAAUUACUAUAUGUAUCAUGGAGGAACUAACUUUGACCGGACAUCUGGUGGCCCCUUCAUUGCCACCAGUUAUGACUAUGAUGCUCCCAUUGAUGAAUUCGGGCUUCUAAAUGAACCAAAAUAUGGGCAUUUGAGAGAUUUGCACAAAGCAAUAAAGCUAUGUGAGCCGGCUUUGGUGUCUGUAGAUCCCACAGUGACAUGGCCUGGAAAUAACCUGGAGGUACACGUGUUCAAGACUUCUGGUGCUUGCGCUGCGUUCCUUGCAAAUUAUGACACCAAAUCUUCUGCAACAAUUACAUUUGGAAAUGGACAGUAUGACCUACCACCUUGGUCUAUCAGCAUUCUCCCUGACUGCAAGACUGCAGUUUUCAACACUGCAAGGCUUGGUGCUCAAAGCUCCCAGAUGAAGAUGACUGCCGUAAACAGUGCAUUUGCUUGGCAGUCAUACAAUGAAGAACCUGCAUCAUCUAGUGAAGAUGAUCCCGUCACAGCAUUCGCACUUUGGGAGCAGAUUAAUGUCACCCGAGAUUCUACCGAUUAUUUGUGGUAUAUGACAGAUGUCAACAUUGAUCCAAAUGAAGGUUUUAUAAAGAAUGGAAAAUAUCCUAUUCUCACCGUAAUGUCAGCAGGCCAUGCUUUGCAUGUCUUCAUUAAUGGCCAACUUUCAGGAACUGUGUACGGGGGAUUGGAGUUUCCUAAAUUAACAUUUAGUGACACUGUUAAGCUGAGAGUUGGCAAUAACAAGAUUUCUUUACUUAGUAUUGCUGUGGGUCUCCCGAAUGUUGGUGUGCACUUUGAGACAUGGAAUGCUGGGGUGUUGGGGCCAGUCACACUGAAGGGUCUUAAUGAGGGGACCAGAGACUUGUCUCGUCAGAAAUGGUCUUACAAGGUUGGUCUCGAGGGUGAAGCCUUAAAUCUUCACACUGUAAGUGGGAGUACAUCCGUUGAAUGGGUCGAAGGAUCAUUAUUGGCUAAGAAACAACCUUUGACAUGGUACAAGACAACUUUUAGCUCACCAGCAGGCAAUGAUCCAUUGGCUCUAGACAUGAUUAGCAUGGGAAAGGGUCAAGUAUGGAUAAAUGAUCGAAGCAUUGGACGCCAUUGGCCAGGAUAUAUAGCUCAUGGUAGUUGUGGGGAUUGUUAUUAUGCUGGAACUUACACUGACAAAAAAUGCGGGACAAAUUGUGGAGAACCCUCCCAGAGAUGGUACCAUGUUCCUCGGUCUUGGCUGAACCCAAGCGAGAACUAUCUGGUCGUGUUUGAAGAAUGGGGAGGUGACCCUACUGGAAUUUCUUUGGUAACAAGAACAACAGCAAGUGUGUGUGCUGAUAUAUAUGAAGGGCAACCAACUCUAAAGAACCGGCACAUGCUAGACUCUGGUAAAGUUAAUAGACCAAAAGCUCACUUGUGGUGUCCACCUGGGCAAAAGAUCUCUCAGAUUAAAUUUGCUAGUUAUGGAUUGCCAGAGGGAACUUGUGGAAACUUUAGAGAAGGAAGCUGUCAUGCUCACAAAUCAUAUGAUGCUCCUGAAAAGAACUGCAUUGACAAGCAAUCUUGCUUGGUGACUGUGGCUCCUGAAGUUUUUGGGGGAGACCCAUGUCCAGGAAUUGCAAAGAAGCUCUCAGUUGAGGCACUAUGCAGCUAGGAUCAUGUUCAUGUGAUGCAACAAGUUGCCAAAUAAAUGUGGAGCAGAUUUAUUAGGUUCCGUAUAGAAAGUAUUUGAAGUCCAAUAACGAUACUCCUUCACUUUGGGUAGUUGAAUUCUACACAUACAGAAUGCGAAGAGCAAAUCAUGCACUAAACAAAUGUAGAUAGAAGAAUAUGGGCUGCAAAUGUUGUACAUAGGCUAUUCUGCUGAUUAUUACUUCAUACACUACAGGGCUUUGAACAAAGAAGCAUUGAGCCCCUCAUACAUAUUUUUUCUAUAAAAGGGUAGUUGGACAUGGGAAAGGUGUCACUACAACACCUUCAUUCCACCAUAAAACAAUCCCUUUAUUUUUCUAUUAAAAUUUUAUGUAAGAAUAAAUUGAAAGUAAUAAAUAGUUGAUUCCAAGUGGGAUUUGGAAUAUUUACCCCAUUCCUUCAUAGCAGAAUUUUAGUUCUUAGUGUUUUAUACGCUUUGUGUACGCGUCAAGAAAUCUUAAUUGAAGAUUUGAGGUUGAAUUAUGUUGUAGAUGAACUAGAUCAAGGUACAUGCCAGCACAAACCAAACCUGCUAAGGAAAAAUUAAGUAAAGAUAUUCUUUCAACCAUAUAUAUGUGAACCCAUAGUAAGAUUCACCCAGACAACCAAACUGCAUUCUGUGUGCGAGAUUAUGUUUUUCUAGAAAAAUAAUCAACUUCACAAUCUUUAUGAAAUCUAUUAAAAUAGAAUUUGGGCUUUGGCGUGUUGCUUUUGUUACAAUAGCUUUCACAUCUUGUUUUUUGUGCGAUGAUUAAUAUUUUGAUGAUAAAAUUUCGCAUGUUACUUAACCUGUUUAUUUAUAACCUCCUUGUCCCAGCUAUGCAACUUCGUAGGUUAGAAUAGAAAGGGCUGAAGCUUAUGCUGAAAUCGAUUCAAGUUGGCCCAUCAUGGAAUAUAAUAUAAUAUUAUUGAAACUGAUAAUAACUGCGUAGAAAACUGAGUUCUGGAUAAGGGACUUCCAGUGACUAUAGGAUGAAUUAUUAACAUAGACUCGUAAAACAUAGUUAAUGCGAUUAAAUGCUGCGGCUAAAAUGUAGAGCUGGAUUUAUUUAAUUUAUUUGGAUUUGGUUUAUAUUAUAUGAUAUUAGUUUGGAGAAUGAAAUUAUCAGAUGGUACUAAAUGCAAAUACAUAUUACAGAUAAAUAUAUCAUUUGGGAAAUUUCCCUUUCAUUUUCAUGCCAGUAGAGAGGCAAGCCCCCAAAAUAAAUAAAUAGCCUAUAGUAACACCCUCAUUCUACCUUCCAUAAGAUGAAUUCUGCGAUUACUGUGGGCUACUGGCUAUUGUAAUUUUUUUUUCAGAAGGCUUAGUUGAUAUUGGUGUAUAAUAAAAGAUUAAUAGAGAUUGUUUUAGUUAAGAAGUGUAUUACACAUAAAGCAACAACUUAUAAUUUAAAUAUUUGUUAAGAAAGACAUUCAUAUUUAAUAUUCGACUAUGAAAUUGGAUCACCUGUGGUUAUAUUUUGACUGCACUUCCCAACAGUUGAAAACUAAGGGCUGAAAGUUUUAGUAUUUUUGUUUUUUUAACUUAUAAACAUAAAACACACAAAAUUAAAGAUGAGAAUCUAUCCAAUUAUCUUUUAAAAUUGCAGAGGAUCCUGAUCCUCCAACUAUUCCUUAAAAAAGAUUAUCUUAAGAGAAUACUUAUGGAAAAAAUUGAAAAAAGGUGUUGGAUAUAGGCCAAUCAAUCAAGGGAUUUGAGAAUUAUUUAACCCACAAGACUUUAUUUUACUUUCUUGUACUUACUUGGAAAAGAAAAUAACCUUUGUGUUCCACUGAGCUUUAGACACAGGAAAACCCCACUACCCAUUACCCAACAAAGUAAAAAGGGGAAAAGGAAAAGAACUUUGGUUCAUAAUAUUUUUUCCCCAAUAUAAUACUAACUGUGUCCAAAAUGAUUGGAUUAUUGCUCGUCAUAUCACAAAUCAGAUUUCAAAAAGAGACUGAUUCUCAACUCAAUUACGGUCAAGGACAUGUCCACUUGGCAAUUGUCAUUUAAAAUACAAUUUUAUUAACUUUAAUUCUCCAAUUUAUUUUUAAAUAUUUUCUAAAUUUAUUAAAACUUGUUAUACUUUUACUUUCAAUAUGAUAAAUAUUUUUAAAUAAAAAUAUAUUAUUUUAAUUACUUAUAAUUAACUCGAAAUUUCUUUAAAUACUGUGCUUUGUUUCAACUUCAAGUAUCUUAAACGUUAACGCGGGCGAGAGAUGCUUGCACAUGUUUACGUUUGAUUAAUCUUUAGAAAAUUAUUUCACGCAUUACGAAAAAGUGUGAAAAAAUGACAUUGGACUAAAGGUUACUAAAUUUAAUUUUAAUGGAAAAUUAAAUUUGAUUAAUCUUUAGAAAUUAUAUUGAUUAUUUUUAAGGGUAAUUAUGGUUAAUUUUUAAAAAAAUAUUUAUUCAUAUUUUAAUUUAUGCAUAAUUUUAAUAUUUUAAAUUUUAAUGACUUAAACUUGAUUUUUAUAUUUUUAAUUAUUAAAAUACAUCUUUUAUCAAAAUAUUUUAUAUAAUAAUUUAUAAAAGUAUAACCCUAUGGAUUUAAAUAUGUUCACUAUAUAUAUGUGUGUAAAAUACUAAAAUGUCUUGUAAAAUAUAAACACAGUCAUAAACAUGCUAGAGUAUAAUAAUAAAAGAUAUAAUCAAAUAAAAAUAUGAGAAAUUUUAAAACACUGCACUAAUCUAUAAGUAAUAAUAUCUCUAAAUAAAAGCAAUUAUUAAAUGAUUCAGAAUGGUGUGGUAUGACCACUUACAUUAUGUUAUGUAUUAAUUUUUGCAUAAAUUAUAAAAUUUAUAUACAUGAUGUAAUAUGACUACCAGAAACUACAUAAUUUUAUUAGAUUAAUCAGAAUAUUUUCCCUAAAUUACACUCUGAGUGGCUACUACUUGAUCUUUUUUUACCAUUAAAAGGAUUUGAGCAUUGGCCAUAUCAUCACGAAGGGCUUCCUUAAAGCAAAUUCCAGAUCUUCAGUGUGAUCUUUCUUAAAUCUGUCAUCAUU